AUGGCGAACAAGUUGCCCAUGGUGGCGCCCCUGUACCUGCCCGGACGCGAACCGCUGCCGCCGGGCAUCACAGAAGAUGACCGCGAACAGAUGAAGCAGGCCCUAAAGUACCAGCAAUACAUCGUGUCUGCGAUGGAAUCGUGUGUUGGCAAAGCCGCCAUCUCCGGUGUGAUCGGAUUCGGGUUGGGCGCCUUCUUCAGCCUGAUGAGCGCUUCUCUGGCAAUAGACGAUCCCAUGCGCCAGACCAUGAUCGACCGGGCGGCAUUUGAAAAGGCCAAGCGCCUUGAGAGCGAGGCCAAGGGCGCUGCCGGGUCGGGUUCGACGGCAGCGGCUCGGGCGGGCGCGCCUGCACGCGGCGCUGCCACGGCGCCGCUGCCCCUGGCCGCGGCGGCCCCGUCCAGUGCAACGCCGACAUCGCACUCGGCUGGCCCGAGUACCGGCUCGAUCCUGUCUAAGCUGCCCCGUGGCGAGUACUUCAAAAACUUGCCGCCGCCGCCGCCGCCGCUGCCGGCCACAUCUAUGCAAAGCACCAAAGAGUUCUUUAUACAGACAGGGCGCAGCAUGUACAGCAGCGGGCGCGGCUUUGGAAAAGUCGGCGCUCUGUACUCGGGCAUCGAAUGCUGCAUCGAGAGCUUCCGCGCGAAGAACGACAUUGUGAACCCUGUGGCUGGUGGCUUUUUAGCGGGCGGCAUUCUUGCGCGGAACACGGGCCCGCAGACGGCCUUCGGGAGUGCGAUCGCAUUCGCUGCCUUCAGCGGAGCCAUCGACAUGUUCCUGCGGCGCGAGACCUCGGACGAAGACUGA